UACAUAACCAUUACAUCACAUGUUUGCGAUGCAUUUGUGAUAAGAAUCCGCACACAUAAAUGGCUUCGUUAGUCGACUCCAUUGGCGGCCAAUCGCCACAACACAGGACCGCAUAUAUGGCGAAACACGCGCUGGUGAACGGCCAUCAGUCCGGUGUAUCCCAUGUAUCCCACGUAUCCCAUGGAGUAUCCCCGGCGACAGCGCCGGCAUCUGUGCCCGCGUUCGUACUAAGACUGCCCGACCACCAGAAAGAGUUGCACCGAUUCAUCGGCGACCUCUUCGACAGCCAGACCCACACGGAUGUGACCAUCGCUCUGGAUGACGGCCAGUACAUCAAAGCCCAUAAACUCAUACUAUCGGCCUUCUCGUCCUACUUCCGGCAAGUGUUGGCCCGCAUACCCAACCCCUCACAGUAUCCGGUGAUUGUGGUGAAGGACAUGCACUACGAGGACGUGCGGUCGCUGAUUGAGUUCAUCUACAGGGGCUGCAUUACGGUGGCCAACCAUAGGCUGCCGCAAGUGCUCAAGUGCGCCAAACAGCUCAAGAUUAGAGGACUCUAUGAGACAAACGAGGAAAAUAGCGACGAAAAUAAUUUCGACAACUCUUUCGCCAACUGUAGGAAUAUAUCGCAAACGCUGGACAACACGACUACCGCUCCCACCAAUAGCCCCACCACUAGCCCCGCAAAACCCAAAGACUAUCAAAGUUAUGACAAUAAAAAGUUAGACCAAAAGGAGGUCAUAGUGUUGGACAGGAAUGAGAGCCUCAAAGCCAACACCAACUCUCGGGUGAGCCCGGAGUCCGGCAAUAAUAACUGGUAUAACAAGGCGUCGGUAUUAGUACCAAAUCCGCCCAAAUUCACGAUACCGGCGCUCAACCACCACCCGCAGCCCAUACAGCAACGGUCGGCGCUCGACUUAACCAAACCCACGGACAGCACCGCCGCAACGAAAGCACAAUACACUGGACUACCCGUCCAUACGAUACACAGACCAUUGGGGAACGGCUACUCCGGCGGCGGCGGGCACUUCACGUCACACCCGUCCCUAUUCCGGUCGACAUCCGUCGACGAGUGUCAGCUCAUGAAGAAUAAGCUACUGAUGGCUAACGGGUUCCACGAGCGCCGGGCCCCCUCCUCGCUGGACGGACACCUGGACGACAACAACAACUCGGUGGACGAGUCGGACUACCGGCGCGAGAAAAAGCGGUCGUUGAAUAUAUUUCACGCGGCGAAGUACCGGAACCGCAAGAAGCAACAGUUGGAGACCCUGUUCACUGAGGAACAGGAGCUCCAGAGGUCCAACUCGUCGGCGAAGAUCCAGAUCGAGAAACUGGAGGCCACUAUACUGUCGCUGAUAUGGCAGCAAACGAAACGGCCGUUCAGUGGGCAGACAGUGUUCACGUGCCCGGUGUGCGGGAACGUCCAGAACGAGGUCCAGAAGCUGAGGAGUCAUAUAAAUAUGUUGCACAACGACACGGAGGCGCUCAUGAAGUUCCUGAUGCUCCAGAGGUCGCCCACGUUUGCCACCGCUAUUACCACCGCCGCCGCCGCUACGGCCAGGGAUGCCAGGGAUCAGGUGCUGGUGAGCGCCGGUACUACGACACACCAGCGGCCCCCACAGAUGACUGCCAUUCCCGGCAACAGCGCCGGUACUGUGAUUUCGCUGCCAUAUCAUCACUGAACUAAUUGUUCAUAAAUUUUAUUUGUUUUGUUUUAUUUGCAAAUUUCAUAACGAUAUGAGAUUUUUGUGUUAAAUGGAAAUUAAGUACAACUUUUUAGGCAAAGAGUUACCCAG